CAUGGGGAGAAGGCAUGGGGAGAAGAAUGGGGUUGAGGGAAAGGUAGAUCAGCCUUGAUUGAAUGGUAGAGUUGACUUGAUGGGCUGAAUGGCCUAAUUCUGCUCCUAGAACAUAGGAGCAACUUAGACUCUGCACACUGAGUGUAACAUAGGGCCUCAUGUGUCAUAAUGCAUGCAUUCCUGGCAGCUUUGGUGGAGUGGCCCACUUUACCAGACUGGCAGGUGCAAUUGUGUCAUUAUCACCCUGAAUUAUUGGGGGGUUUGGGGGAGCAAAGUUGCCAAGAGCCAGGAAUAAGUACCAGCCUGCUUCCUCUCUUCUAACGUACUGUCUGACAGCAGCAAUAGAGGCGCCAGUUCCUGAGGCCGGGGCCAAUUAAAACAUUUGUGGGACUGCCUCAUGCAAAUUUCUGGUUUCAAGUUUCUUUCACAGAGCUUGAGCCUAUUAAACACAGACACUCACAGAUUCUGGCCUGAAGUCAAUGCUUAAAGCUCAUACAGUAAACAUCAAUGAGGAUCUCUCUCUCUCUCUCUCUCUCUCACUCGCUCAUACACAUACACUCGGACAGGGGAGCUAACAGAUGAAAGGAGAUUGAGUCUGUGAAGACAAGCACACAGCAAUGGAUGUUCAAAACCGGAUAACCUGUCAGCUACAAGUGUUGGCUGUCAUACUGAUUCUCGUCACAGUUACAAAAGGUCAGGCCACGGAGCUGAAGGUAUCAAUUGAUCACACCAUCUACUCGUGUCCAGAAGGACUGAAUGUCACCUUUAAGUGCAGCCUGUCUGGACACCUCAUGCAUAGGCACGACCACUUAGCCAAGUUAUGGUACUUCAGCCACAGCAAGAAUGACACGUGUGCGGAGAAGACCCACAUCCGUAACGCUUCAUUCAAAAGGGACAGCCACAAUCAGUACAAAGACCACGGGGUCUACAUGAACUCCGAUCGCAGGGGGACCUUCUGGGUCACCAUCACCAACUUGGUACACGACGACCAGGGAAUCUACUGCUGCGUCGUGCACGAGCUGCACAAACAGCCGGAAAGCAAGCAACACGCAAGGAUCGCACUCACUGUACAUGGGACCACGGAGCUCAAGAUUGUGCGUGCAAACGGCAGUCAGGCCUCUAACCGAAAGUGUACUGUUCAAGAUGUGAAAGGAGAAUCAGACUUAGAAGCCACCACAGCUAUCGCGUUGGCCACCAUGGGAUGCGUGAUCACCAUCUUGUCGCUCCCCUUGAUUCUACUGCUCAUAUACAAACAGAGGCAGGAGACGGGUGCCAGGAGAAGAGCGCAUGAGCUUGUCCGAAUGGACAGCGAGGUGAUAGGAGUAGAGAAUCCAGUAUUUGAGGAAAUCUCGACGCACAAUUCAGAAGUGAAACCUCGAGCGCCGCCCAUCAGUGGGCGAAUUCUGUCCGAAUCCGAUCGGCACCUGCUCUCCGAGCCCAACACCCCAGCAUCCCCCGUGGCUGCACAGCGAUUCUUCCCAAUACUGGAACUGGUGCCAGACUCUCCAUACUGAUCGGACACGUCUGGAUGGUAUCACAAAUGGGACCUUGGCUGGAGCAGGAAGACAUAAGGUGGCACAAAUUGUCAAGAGUAUUUACUGCUAUGGGCUACGCAAUGAAAUAUAUUCCACACAAACGUGGCAGCAAUAGACGGCAACCAGGCUUUGUUGGAAAUUCAGGACCAAAGGUCUUCGUCCAUUUUAAGUUCCAACAGGGACGAGGAUGAAGGAUUGCGCAGUGGUACAUUCUGUUUUAUUAACAAGGAGACAAUGUCUAUAUUUGGGGAAAUGACCGAACAUGAUCAUCAAUUAUUAUUGCACCAAAAUGUUGGUGUAAGCUUGGUGCACUGCUCCCAAAAUGUGAGUCAUUAGUAGAUGUGGAUUAAUGCAUUUUCCUCUGUACGGAAUAUCUCUGUGUGUUUUUCUUCAAAUCCUCUCCUUUCCUCCAGCCAGUGAUGCCCAGGCACAAACAUAAAGCUGUCUAACUCUCAAUCUCCAGAGGGAGUCUCGAAACAGUGAACUCGGGGAGGACGAGACCCUGUCAGAGACUGUUGCUCUGUCCCCCAAGGUCUGUACCAGCCAGGUGCACAUGUGCCAAGUGUAAUGCUCACUGCAAUUAUUUAGUCACAACUAUAGCUCCAUAAAUGAUAACCUUUUCCCUCACUUGCUUUUUGUGUCAAUGUGAGUGGCAGAGUGCUGCAGUUCACAGAGCUACAGUGGCUCAGAUUCAAUCCUGACCUCCACGCUGACUGUGUGGAGUUUGCACGAGUCCAUACGGGUUUCCUCCCACAUCCUAAAAUGUACGGGUUAGUAGGUGAAUUGUGAAGUGUCCUAAUGUGCAGAGGAAGUUGAAGGGAAUAUAGAGAGAUUUAAAAAAAAAAUUGCAUUAAUGAGUGCUUCAUAGUCAACAUAGACUCAGUGGGCUAAGGGCCUGUUCCUGUGUUGCACACUAUAUGAGUAUCUUCUACUUAGAAUACUUUGAGAGCUUGAGGAGGGGAGGGAGAGGACGAGAUGUGAGACUUGGCCCAUAGCAGAAUAACUGAAGAAGGGUCUGAAGAUGGGUCUGGACCCAAUAAACCACCUAUUCCUUGUCUCCAGAGAUGCUGUCUGACCGGCUGAGUUACUCCACCUUUUUGUGUCUAUCUUCAGUUUAAAUCAGCAUUUGCAGAUAGACACAAAAGUGCUGGAGAAACUCAGCGGGUUUAGCAGCAUCGAUGGUGUGAAGGAAAUAGGCAACGUUUCAGGCCGAAACCCUUCUCCAUUCUUUUUUCUGCAUCAAUACACACAGUUCCUUUAAUGCAGUUAUUGUUCUGAAAAGCACUGUUCCUGGAGGCUUAUCAGAUAAGAUUAGAGAUGUUCUCGCAAGGCCUGAGUCAUGGCUGACACUUCAGGCUGCUGGAAGGUUCACUGCAUUGCAGCAGAUGCAUCACACGGUGGCAGUAAACAGUGGGCAGGGAGGCGAGGGGGGCAGGCUGUUGGGCGAGGGGACCCUCGCAUGACGAGGUGAUCACAACAGCUGAACACCAGCCCCCAGCUCUGCAACCUGUUCAAAGCAGGUCACGUCUAGGUGGGUGCAGUGAACACACCUACCCAGCGGGACAUCAGCCGGGAUGGAAAUUGUUGCACAUCUCAAAUACAUGUGCUUCAAAUGCUCAAAAGGACACAAAGUGCUGGUGUAACUCAGUGAAGAUAGGCACAAAAUGCCAGAGUAACUCAGCAGGCCAGGCAACAUCUCUGGAGAACAUGGUGACGUGAUGUUUGCAUGUGGAUUGCAUGCGUACAGCACAUAUUCUGCUUGGGUUGCUCACGACUCAGUGUGAACAUUGAAUUCUCCAAUUUUAGACGACCUCCAAUUGUCCCAUCUCCCAGCCCCUUUUCUCGUUAAAGUACUUUACAGUGAAUUAUGUUGCACUUGAGAAUAACUAUAAUUCCAGGCAUUUCAUUUCAACCAAGAUUAAGGAAAUUAAUAAAUAUCUUCACCUUUCACUUCCUUACAAGAACAUCCGAACUCACAGCCCCCAAAGAUUUUGAAGAGAAGUGAUUUUCGUAAUAAAACACGUGUAAGGAUUAAUUUAUACACAGCAAGCCGCCACAAACAGCAGAUAGGACAUCUGCACCUAAAUCUCUAUUCACCAAAAGUCCACACCAGAAACCUCUGCUCAAUGAUUUAUCCCAGUGUGGUUGUCUUUUGGAUGAGAUGGUAAAAUAAGGCUCUGUCUUUCCCAUCAAGAAGCAUGAUCACAGUUAAUGGUGGAGCUGGCUCGUAGGGCCGAAUGGCCUACUCCUGCUCCUAUUGUCAAUUGUCAUUAUUCGAAGAGCAAUCUUUCACACGUGCAGGCCUAUAUUUAUCCCUCAUCUCUCCAGACUUUUCUUCUUUGCUAUUUACAGGAGCACAAAUUAUCUGCUGUGUUUGUGUGUUAAACAGCAUUUCAUACAUACAUCAUUGGAAUUGAUGUGGUUUGGAAAAUCCAGUACAGGUUAAUGUUACUAUAUUGAUGCUAUUUCUCCAUUGGAUGUUUAAAUAUCCUGUGAUGCUAUUCCAGGAAGUAUUCCCAUGGUAGCUUGACCAAUAUAGCUCUUUCAACCACAACCACUUAGUUUGUCCAUGGAGGUAUUUGAUGGGAAUCGAGUGUACUGGUUGCUUAUUUGUUGAUAUAUGCUCUUCCUUUCGAACUGUUUGUAUAUAAGUAAGAAACAUUGUAUAUAACUGUGGAUCUGUCUCUCCAGAGGACAUGGGGAACCUUUCUAUCUGUUCCAUGAAUUCCAAGUUAAGGGCCUGUCCCACUUUCCCCGAGUUACUCACGAACUCUCCCGAGUUUUCCCCUUGAUUCGAACUCUGGGAAUGUCGGGGAAUGUCGGUAGCGAGCUCGAAGGAGCCCCGAGUGCCUACGAACGUCUAUUAUCGUAAUUCUCCCAGUUCGAAUCAAGGGGAAAACUCGGGAGAGUUUGUGAGUAACUCGGGAGAGUGGGACAGGGCCUUUAUAGAUGGUGCAUUUACUUGUCAAAGCCUUGCGCCAAUGCAAAGAGACCCCAUGUUGCCAAUGGUGGUCAAACUUCAUGUCAAGACAGAGAGAAAAGCUCGGCAUUGUGGAGAGGAGACGCAUUAGAAGAAACAAAUACCUUCUAACUCGCCCCACCUUCUUUCUGGACUGAAGUCAUUCUCAUUUGAAAAAGAAACACUUCUUUCAGUGAAAUUGGAAAUCAAAUCUUCUCCAUGGGCAAACUGUUCUACCACCAAAAGAUGUCAUUAAUGCAUUUCAACAGAAGUUGGGUCUGACCAGUGUUGGAUGGGUGCCUUACAUGAAAACACAUACGUGAUUGCUAUUUGGUGUGGUGUGUGGGGACUGCCACCCCUACUCGCACGCUUGAUGUUGAUACGAGAGAAAGACCCGACAAUAAAGGACAAGUUCAAAUGGCUGAGGAUAUGUUGUUCACAGAGUGUGCAAUUAUCAGAUCCUCACGUAGUCAUUCUUCCUGGAAUGAGUGCCCAGUCUCUUUCCGAAUUAUAGACACAAAGUGCUGGACUAACUCUGCGGGUCAGGCAGCAUCUCUGGAGAACAUGGAUGGGUGACGUUUCAGAGUACUGGAGUAACUCAGCGGGUCAAGCAGCAUCUCUGGAGAACAUGCAUGGGUGACGGUUCGGGUUCCAACCCUAAAUGUCAAGCAGUCCGAAGAAGGAUUCCAACCCAAAACAUCACCCAUCCAUGUUCUCCAGAGAUGCUGCCUGACCCGCUGAGUUACUCCAGCACUUUGUGUCUAUCUUCAAUAUAUACCAUCAUCUGCAGUUUCUUCCUACACUCUCAGAAUUAUAUCCCAUCUCUUUAAUGUACAAUUACAAAUAUCAAAUCUCCUUGGAAACAAUGCGUGGAUCAUAUUUUUAUGUAACAAAAUGUAUAAAAUAUUUGUUAACCAUGUUUGUUAAUUAUUCAAAAUAUAUGUAAAUUACUUUGAAAGAGACUUCUUUGUAAUACCUCUUAGAAGUUUAUGGUUGUAACAUUUUUAUAUCAAAAAUUAGCUUUCUAUGAAUUGAACGAAUCUAACAAAUAAAAGUUCCUGUGCUACAU